GCGGCGGCGCGGAGAUGGGCGAGCGCGGAGCCGGGCCCGAGUGCUGCCGCGGGGAUGCCCGCGCCCGCCGCCGCGCCCUGAGCGCCUUUGUCUGCCGCCCGCCGCACCACUAGCCGCGCGGGCCCGCGCCGUGGCCGGGGGCGCGCCCCGCAACAUGGAGCCAGGCCGGCCCGCCCCGGAGCCCCCGGCCGCUCCGGACGGCGAGGAGCCGGGGCUGGAGGACGCGCAGGGCGCCGCCGGGGCCGCCCCGGAGCCCGAGCUGCCUUCGUCCUGGGCCUGCGGCGUGCCGGGUGCGGCCGGCCUCUUCCCCGACGAGCUGGGCCCGGGGCCCCCGGAGCCCGCGGGGUGCCCGGAGGACGGACCCCGUCUGCGAGCCGUGUUUGACGCGCUGGACGGGGACGGGGACGGCUUCGUCCGCAUGGAGGACUUCGUGCAGUUCGCCACCGCCUACGGGGCCGAGCAGGUGAAGGACUUAACUAAGUACUUGGAUCCCAGUGGGCUUGGUGUGAUGAGUUUCGCAGACUUCCUCCAAGGGAUCACGGCCAUCAGGAAUGGAGAUCGUGAUGGACAGCUGUGCAGUGUGCCCCCUGACCAGAUUGGAGAGCCCUCAGUCUGCCCCGUUGAGUUUGAUGACUUCAUCACCUACGAGGCCAACGAGGCAACAGACAGCGCCUACAUGGGCUCUGAGAGCACCUACAGCGAGUGCGAGACCUUCACUGAUGAGGACACUGGCACCCUGGUGCACCCUGAACUGCAGCCUGCAGGGGACGCCGACAGUGCAGGGGGCUCAGCCGCACCUUCAGAGUGCCUGGACGCCACGGAGGAGACUGGCCACGGUGCCCUGCUGCUUCUCCCUGGCAGGUCUAACCCACGUGGUCAGUCUGUCGUCAUGGUGAUUGGCAGCGAGGAGCAUUUCGAGGACUACGGGGAAGGCAGUGAGGUGGAGCUGUCUCCAGAGACCCUCUGUGAUGGGGAGCUUGCGUGCAGUGACCCUGCUUUCCUUACCCCCAGCACCGGCCCCCUUGCUGCCAAGCUGCACGGCAUCCUCACUGACGAGGCUUUUGAGUUUUACUGUAGCCAGUGCCACAAGCAGAUCAACCGCCUAGAGGACCUGUCUGCUCGCCUGAAUGACCUUGAGAUGAAUAGUCCGACGAAGCGGCUCUCCAGCAGGAAAGUGGCAAGAUACCUGCACCAGUCGGGGGUCCUGACCAUGGAUGCCCUGGAGGAGCCCCCGCUAGAGCCCGUGGAGUGCCCUGAGGAGGACAUUGCCGACAAGGUCGUCUUCCUGGAGAGACGCGUGUCCGAGCUAGAGAAGGACACCGUGGCCACUGGGGAGCAGCACAGCCGGCUGCGGCAGGAGAACCUGCAGCUGGUGCAUAGAGCCAAUGCCCUGGAGGAGCAGCUCAAGGAGCAGGAGCUGAGAGCCUGCGAGAUGGUCCUGGAGGAGACGCGACGGCAAAAGGAGCUGUUGUGCAGGCUGGAGCGGGAGAAGAGCAUCGAGAUCGAGAACCUGCAGGCCAGGCUGCAGCAGUUGGAUGAGGAGAACAGUGAAUUGCGGUCCUGCACUCCCUGUCUGAAGGCCAGCAUUGAGCGCCUAGAGGAGGAGAAGCAGAAGUUGCUGGAUGAGAUUGAGGAGUUGACGCUGCGGCUCAGGGACGAGCAGGAGAAGAAGAGGAAGAUGAGGGACAAGCUGAGCCAAGAGAGGCACCAGUUCCAAAGGGACAAGGAGGCCACGCAGGAGCUGAUUGAGGACCUCCGUCGGCAGCUGGAGCACCUGCAACUGUUCAAACUGGAGGCGGAGCAGCGGCGGGGCCGCAGCAGCAGCGCUGGCCUGCAGGAAUACCACACACGUGCCCGGGAGAGCGAGCUGGAGCAGGAGGUCCGCCGGCUGAAGCAGGACAACCGCAGCCUGAAGGAGCAGAACGACGAGCUCAACGGGCAGAUCAUCACGCUGAGCAUCCAGGGCGCCAGGAGCCUCUUCUCCACGUCCUUCUCCGAGUCCCUGGCCGCUGAGAUCAGCUCCGUCUCCCGAGACGAGCUCAUGGAAGCAAUCCAGAAGCAGGAAGAGAUCAACUUCCGUCUGCAGGACUACAUCGACAGGAUCAUCGUGGCCAUUAUGGAGACCAACCCAUCCAUCCUGGAGGUCAAGUAGGGACAGAAGGCCCAGCCGGGGCUGGAGCUGGGACCAGCCACCCCCACAGCUGCUCAAGCCGCAGGCACACGAGGACCCUUUGUGCAGUUGGGCUGGGGCACUGCAGGGCAGUGGAAAAGCAGAAGAGGCAGGGGUGCCCCAGGCCUGGAAUGCACAGCAGGGAAGGUGUGGCAGAGCCACUGUCUGCUCGGACCUUGCUGGGGCCCCCAGCCCAAGUUGGUGCACUGAGAAGGCUUGCGUUUCUGUUCAGCAGACUCCUGGGCCUCUGCCGAGAGGUGGUAACAAUUUCUGUAAUGUCCUUGCUGGUAGAUCCCUUCUCCCACUGUCCAGCCCUGCAGGCAAAAAAGAACGAAAUGGGCCACCACCCAAGGUGCUGCCACUGCCCCCAAGUGCCCAGAUGCAGUGCCGCCCACGCCUGGGUGCUCUGGGGUACCAACCUGCAUCUUCAAGUUGGGAAUGAUGAUGCUGGAGAGUCAGAUGGACGAAGCAGGCACCAGUCAGAUGCAGCCACUUCAGUUCUGAUUCUGGCCCCAGGAGCCUCCUGGCCAUGCAGCCUGUUUGUGGCCCGGCCAAGGUAACUCUUGGGGUCUCUGGCCCUCCUAGGGAGGGCUGGGCAGGAGCCUGAGGGGCCCCUCUGCUCUGAAACCAGCACUUGAGAUGCAGACUGGCGGAGCUCAGUCCCCUGGAGCAGGUGCUGCUGCUUCCCAGCGGUGGCCAGAGCUGGCCUCCCAGAGUCCACACUCCCUGUCCCCUCGCUGUCCAACUUAGAAAUUGUUCCUUCCCAGGGAGGGCGGCUCUGCAGGGCCACAGGAAGCCAAUGCGGAGGUGCUCACCUGUGAGCAGCAGCAUUCCUGGAUGAGGCCUCUGAGCCGGAGCUGGCCCAGGAUGCCUGUGUGUCCCCACAGGCCAAGCCCACCAGGCCUGGCCACCUGUAUGUGUCCCUUCUCCCGUCAUGUGGCCCCUCUAAGAGAUGUUGCCUCAUGUUGUACAUUUUUGGGGAGGCUUGGGUGUAAAUCAGUGUAAACAUGGAGGAGAGAUUUUUCUAUCAUGUAGAGUAGGUAUUUUUUAUAGACUGAAGGUUGAUCAAUUUUUUUAACACUUUCAAGAGAGAAAACUAUGUGUAUACACAUGAAAUAUAUAUAUAUGUAUGUAUGUAUGUAUAUUCUAUAAACACCAGAGCCCUGCCUGUCUGUGCCCGCCCUGCCUUGGCCAGUGCCUGUAAAUACAAUGCCAGGAGACCACAGGGAGCACUCAGCACUGCGCCCACUGAGCUGUCCAGGGUGUGCCCCUCUCUGGAUGCAGGGGCGCCCCACAUCCUGCACUACAGAGUAAAGCUGUUACUGUA